AUGGCAGAAUCGCGUCAAACAACGUUACCACCACAUGCGCCUCCAACAGAAAGUACACGGACUGGCUUAUACCACCCCACCCUUACAGAAAUUCAACAAGACUCUAUUUCUAAGCUUGCUGAAGAACACUGGGCUCACAAAGAUCCUGAGUCAAGAAAGUGGGAUGCCUCAGUGGUUGAGAAAAUUUACUAUAAAGAGUUGCAAGAGACUGGGUUUGCAACAAAGAAAUUGAUGUUACUAGAGUUUAGCCAGUAUCUUGAAAAGUAUUUAUGGACGAAUUUUGACGCGUCCAAAGCUUCGUUAGCUCAUGUGUUGUUAAUAGUCUUAAUGGUCAAUGAAAAAUUCAGGGAGCGUGUAUCAGCUUGGGAUAGCUUCAUGAAUAUGCCCGCACAAUUUCCAGAAUUCUUUAGUCGUGUUCUGCAUCUCUCAGUUUCCCCUCUAGUAGAUAAUUUGACGCUGCAAGUUCGCCGAUUUAUCUUGAUUUUUUUGAUACACGCUUUUCAGAGUUUAGAGAAUAAUCUUGUGAGAAAAGAAUGUUUACGAUUGGUACCUAUAUCUAUAUGGCAUUGUCUUUCUACACCCGAGAGAAGGGAGGCUGAAUUUCGUAUGAAUAAAGAAUUAAAAGACACUUGGGCGCGUGUUAUUAAAAAAUAUCGAGCUGCUGAAGGAGCACACAAGCAGAAAUUAGAGUUUGAAAGAUCAUGGCUAGCUGAACUGCUUAAGGGAUUCGUUUCAAUUUUAUACUCUAUACCAGAAACGGGACCUACAAAUGAUGAUGCUGUGGCUUACUGUGAACGGUUUCUGGAAUUUCUUAUCGAUCUGGAAGCCCAACUUCCUACCAGACGAUUCUUCAAUACUCUGCUUGAUGAUCUUCAAAUUGUUGUGCUGUGUAGAUUAGCUCCAAUAGUUAGACGCAAGGAAGGCAGUGAGCUUUUUUUGCAACUUUUGGAAACGCUAAAAUUCUAUGCUGGUUUUGAAAUCAAUGAUUUUGAUGGAUCAGCCUUGGCAGAUGACGAGAUGACGGCGAUCCAUUGUAAAAAAUUGACUGAAUUACAA